AUGUCUGCUGAAGAACUCAAGAAACAAGGUAACGCUGCAUUUGUAGCUAAAGAUUUCGCCAAAGCUGUUGAUUUAUUCUCGCAGGCGAUUACCUCUUCGGAAACUCCAAACCACGUUCUUUAUUCUAACAGAUCGGCCUGCUACGCAUCGUUGAAACGCUUUGGGGACGCUCUACAGGACGCCAAAAAAUGCAUUGAAAUCAACCCAACGUGGUCCAAAGGUUACAACAGAGUCGGUGCAGCCCAUUCAGGUCUAGGAAAUCUGGAUGACGCAGAAAAGAACUACAAAAAGGCAUUGGAACUCGACAGUUCCAACAAAGCGGCCCAGGAAGGCCUGGAGCACGUGCAGAAGACUCAGCAGAGCAGACAACAACAGCCAGAUUUGGGAUUCGGCCAGCUUUUCAACGACCCCAACAUGAUCGAAAAGCUCAAGCAAAACCCAAAAACCGCAGAGCUCAUGAAAGACCCUCAGUUGGUCGCCAAAGUGCUGCAAUUCAAAUCCAACCCUCAGGCCAUGGGUACUGAGUUCCUGCAAGAUCCCCGCAUGAUGACCAUAAUGGCCGCCCUUCUAGGCAUCGACCUAAGCAUGGGAGGUGAAAACCAACCAGAAGAACCUGCGAAGAAGCCAGAAGCCCCAAAACCUACUGAAAAAUCUGCUGAAAAGCACGCCGAAAAAGCCUCCCCAGCAGAAGCUGUCAAACCUCAGGCUCCACAACCUGAGAGCACAACCUCAGCCCCCGCUGCCGCUCCCGAGAACGAACCAAUGGAAGUUGACGAACCUGAGGUGGAUUCGAAGGCUGCUGCCGACGCGGAAAAAGCCGAAGGUAACAAAUUCUACAAAGCUCGUCAAUUCGAUGCGGCUAUCGAAAAAUAUGACAAAGCUUGGGAACUUCACAAAGACAUCACUUAUUUGAACAACCGUAGUGCUGCUGAGUACGAAAAGGGUGACUAUGAACAAGCGAUCAAGACUUUGACGGAAGCGGUGGAACAAGGCAGAGAAAUGAGAGCCGACUACAAAAUCAUCGCCAAAUCUUUUGCCCGUAUCGGUAACGCCUACCACAAAAUGGGUGAUCUACCAAAGGCUAUCGAUAACUAUCAAAGAUCGCUAACGGAGCACCGUACCCCAGACACAUUGACCAAGUUGAGAAACUGUGAGAAGGAACUAAAGGUUCGUGAAACCGAGGCCUACAUCGACCCUGAAAAGGCGGAAGAAGCUCGUCUACAAGGAAAAGAUUUUUUCACCAAGGGUGACUGGCCUGGUGCUGUAAAUGCAUACACUGAGAUGAUCAAGAGAGCACCAGAGGACGCGCGUGGUUACUCCAAUAGGGCGGCUGCUUUGGCCAAGCUCAUGUCGUUCCCCGAUGCCAUCAAGGACUGUAACUCUGCAAUUAGCAAAGAUCCAAACUUCAUCAGGGCGUACAUCAGAAAGGCAACAGCUCAGAUCGCUGUUAGAGAAUUUUUGGGUGCUAUGGAGACACUGGACGUUGCUCGUUCGAAAGAUUCGGAGCUUAACAAGGGUGCUAAUGUUAGAGAGAUCGAUCAACUUUACGUGAAGGCCUCUCAGCAAAGAUUCCAGCCUUCCGAUCCAAAUGAAACCCCAGAACAGGCUUACGAAAGAGCUCUGAAAGACCCAGAGGUUGCAGCCAUCAUGCAAGAUCCUGUCAUGCAAAGCAUCUUGUCUCAAGCCCAACAGAACCCUGCCGCUCUGCAAGAACACAUGAAGAACCCAGACGUUUUCAGCAAAAUUCAAACUUUGAUCGCUGCUGGGAUCAUUCGCACGAGAUAA